AUGGCCGAAAUUCAUGCGGUCGACCCGACCUGGAGAAAUCUUCACUCAAGCACAUGGAGAACUAUCCGACCUGGCAUAGCCGCUGUGUGCGAGCAAGCUGCGGACCGAGACCUUACCCAUGCCGAGCCACACUACCAGAAAAUCCAAGAAGGCGCUAGUCUGCCCAAGACGAUGGCUGCUCCAAGUGUUACAAAGUUACGUGGAUCGCCCCCUUUAGAGGCCCUGCCCGCCCCGGCCAGCCGCCGCCCCCCGCGCCGCCCCUGCCCGCCGCCACCGGCCCUGCCCACCCGCCGCCGCCCCUGCCCGCUCUCGCCCGUCCUCGCCCGCCACGGCUCCGCCCGCCCCGACCUCGCCCGCAGCCGCCCGCCCCCGCUCGCCCGCCCGCCAUGGCUUCCCCCGCCCGCCAUGGCUCCGCCCGCCCGCCAUGGCUCCGUCCGCCCGCCCCGCUCGCCCGCCCGCCAUGGCUCCAUCCGCCCGCCACUGCUCCGUCCGCCUCCACCACGCCCGCGCGUCCCGCAUCUCCGGCUUGGCUGCACCCGCAGCUGCCGCUCGCACCGCGUCGCGCCUCGCACGCUCCCCCGCCCGUGCCGGCUCCGACGCCAUCGGGUGCACACGCGCCCGGCUGCUCCAACCGUCGCGAUUUUCGAAAGUUCAGCGCGCCACGAGUGA